UAUGUCAGACAAUUCAGAUAAUGUGUUGACCUAAUCUACAGGUUGUCCAGUAGAUGACAACCAAAACUCUUUGACUGCAGGAGAAUAUGGACCCAUUCUUUUAUAGGAUACUCAUCUCAUUGAUAAAUUAGCUCAUUUUGAUAGAGAGAGAAUUCCAGAAAGAGUUGUACAUGCCAAGGGAGCAGGUAUUUCAUAUUUUUUAUAUGUAAAGGUGCUUAUGGAUACUUUGAAGUGACAGGAGAUGUGACAAAGUAUACAAAGGCCAAGUUUUUGGAUACAGUAGGCAAAAGAACACCAAUAUUCACAAGAUUCUCUACUGUGGGAGGUGAAAAGGGAUCAGCAGAUUCUGAAAGAGAUCCAAGAGGGUUUGCUGUUAAAUUUUACACUGAAGAAGGCAAUUAUGAUAUGACUGGAAACAAUACACCAGUCUUUUUCAUUAGAGAUCCAAGUAAAUUCCCAGAUUUUAUUCACACAUAAAAAAGAAAUCCCUAAACUAACUUGAAGGAUGCUAAUAUGUUUUGGGAUUUCUUAAGUUUGGUACCUGAAAGUGCUCACUAAGUCACUAUACUCUUUUCUAAUAGAGGUACUCCAGAUGGAUAUAGACAUAUGAAUGGAUACACAUCUCAUACAUUCAGAUGGGUUAAUAAAGAAGGAGAAGCAUUUUGGAUUAAAUUACAUUUCAAAACAGAUGCUGGUAAUAAAUCAUUAACAGGUGCUGAAGCUGAUGAAUUAAAAAGAACAAAUCCAGAUAAUGCUACUCAAGAUUUAUUUGAACAUCUUGCAGCUGGUAAAACAGCUACUUGGACAGUUUAAGUUUAAGUUAUGCCAGAAUAAGAUGGAUUCAAAUAUAAAUGGAAUAUUUUUGAUGUUACAAAAGUAUGGCCACAUAGUGAUUAUCCAUGUCUUAAUUUUGGAAAAAUGGUUUUGAAUAGAAAUCCAGAAAAUUAUUUCUAAGAAGUUGAAUAAUCAGCUUUCAGUCCAGGACAUUUGGUCCCAGGUAUUGAACCAUCAUUGGAUAAGAUGUUAUAAGGAAGAUUAUUCUCUUAUCCAGAUACUCAUAGACACAGAUUAGGAACAAAUUAUACAUAACUACCUGUCAAUUGUCCAUACAGAGCAAGAGUUAUCAAUUAAUAAAGAGAUGGACCUUAAUCAUUUAAUAAUUAAGGAAAUAGACCAAAUUAUGAACCUAAUUCAUUUUAACCAUUAAAAAUGAUUCCAGAAACCAAAACUAGUUAAUAUAGAGUAACUGGUUUAAUUGGAAGAUAUAAACCAUCACAUCCAAAUGAUGAUUUUGCUCAACCAGGAGUUUUAUACAGAAAGGUAAUGAAUGAUUUUGAAAGAUAAUGGUUAAUAACCAAUAUUGUUGGACAUUUGAAGGUAUCAGUCUGAAUAUUAUAUUUAGAAUGCCAAUAGAGUAAUCCAAGAGAGACAAGUUAAAGUAUUCACCAAAUGUGACCCAGAAUAUGGAGAGAGAAUUGCUUAAGGAUUAGGAUUCCCAAACAACAAAGCCAGAUUGUGAU